AGCGAGGGGCAAGUUAUCGGCAGUCUCUGUAGUUAUCCAACUGGCAGAGGCCCCGCCAGCCAGCUAGUGAGCUCUUUUCUCUUUUUUAGCUGAUAAAACCUACGUUCCCCCGAGCCCUGCCACUUGACUGAAAGCCACAGCCCAGUUCACUCGUCUUCCAGGGGUGCAGCUGUGUUUCAACAAUUUUAUAUUGGCUCGUAUCCAGACUACGUGAAACAGAGACGAGCCUUUGUUUACUCCCAUCAAGACUCUGCUUUCCUUUCGGGAAAAAAGUACAAGGAGGAGAAAUGAAAACAGAAGAGGUCAAAUAUGUCUAUCAGUCAGAAGGGCCAUUGCUAAUGCCCAAAACGAAAAACGGCGCCGUUUACCAAGAGACAACUAUCAGCAAUCGCGCAAAAGACGACAAAAAUCAACAAGCACCAUGUUGUUGGCCUGGCCACCUGUUUGCCCGUAUGCGUCUCAUCCUUUCCUGUUUGGCUAUUAUAUCUUGCCUCGUUGUUAUCGCAGUGUUGAUGACCAAUGGCAUUAAGGCAUCCAACAGCCGUGAAAUUGCACAGGAAGAGCAGAUUGCUAUUCUGAAGGACCUAGUUGAGAAUCAACAAAGUAGGCUACAUCGAAUGCAGAAGGAAUUGCAGUUUUUAGUUACUCGCCAAAAGGCAUAUGAAGCCAGGGAAGACAGCUUCCGUAGACGAACGGGGACCAUUGGAACUGGAACUGGAACUAAUGUCUGGCCGUCUCUAACGGAUAAGAAUUUCGUCCAAGAAAAUGAAGAUCAAGAGACAAAAACCCAAGUGGCCGAUUCGGAAUUGCCUUUAAUUCCAAGGCUACUCAUCCCAGAAUUGACUUCGAUUUCAAGCCUAGACGAAGACGUUGACGUCGACAAAUUACCACGCGCAUCUGCCAAUAAAAAACGCAAGGGAGCCAAGUCCAUGGAAGACAUGCCACAAUUAUGAAACGUUUUCUCAGCAUAAGAAUUUACAAUCGUUUCCUACUUAACGGGAUCCACAAUCAACCAGACUGACAAAUCCCUUAAUGUUUACAAAUUCUCUACUGCCCGUGUUCCAACUCUAACCGUGUCUAAUUCAGUACUACGUACACAAUUACAUCAAACGACCAAAAGAAAAGCUUUUUCCCCACUUAACAAUCUAACAAAAAUAAUUUCCUUCUUUUAAAACAGCGUAACAAUAGAUCUAUUACAUACAA